AGAGCGCCCCCUGGUGGUAUAAACAGAUUAACACCCAGUGAGAGCUCUUUUUCUUGCAUUAAGCUUUUGGAAAAAAUCUGAAUUCCCCUUUCAACUGAACUUCAUAAUGUUUGCAAAUGUGUGGCAGAGAGCGUCGUGUGGUUCUGUGGUGUGAGCAAAGGUGUGAAAAAGGUUUGUGCGCUCUUUAAAACAUGCUGCCAAACUUCACUUUCCAAAAAUGUAUCAACCUUCAACCAGAAAAAAAACCACUAAAAAAUAAAUUCCACCUCCUACAGGCUCUAUUAACCGUCCUUCAUCGGUGAAGUUGAAGGUUUUAAGAAGCAAAGGUCGGGGGGAUCUCUGCGUUGUCCCACCUCUGGAGCUGCGUCUCAAACAUCUGCCCCACGAGAGUUGAGAGUAUAAAAGGUGGCGGAGGGGAAAUUCUGAGUCUGAGCGACCAUCAUGAUGAUGAUGAUGGCUGCAUGGAGCUUCCUCUGCGUCGUCCUGAUGGUCUCCACCGCCGGGGCUUCAGAGAGCGGCAUCGUGGGCGGGAAAGUCUCAAAGCCGCAUUCCAGGCCGUACAUGGCGUCCCUGCAGUUUCAGGGACGGCAUUCCUGUGGCGGGAUCCUCAUUCGGGACGACUACGUCCUGACAGCAGCACACUGCAGAGAUGAUCGCCAGCCGAUGACGGUGGUUCUCGGAGCGCAUGACAUUUCCAAAAAGGAGAAAACUCAGCAGCAUAUCAGAGCUCAGAAGUACAGUCAGCAUCCCUGUUAUGCAGGAGGAAUAACAAAUGACAUCAUGUUAAUCAAGCUGGAAACCAAAGCCAAACUCAACAAAUACGUCAAACCCAUCGGACUGUCGAAGAAAAACGGGGACAUUCGGGCCAACAUUAAAUGUGCCGUCGCUGGCUGGGGCCAAACUGCAGUGGAUGGAAUGACUUCAAACGUUCUGAAGGAAGCCACCGAGGUCACGCAGUUCAAAGCAGAGUGCGUCGGCGUCUGGAAGGAACAUUUUCAUUCUGAGGAAAUGAUCUGCACCAAGUUCAGCAAGAAGACCGGAGGAGUGUGUCAGGGGGAUUCUGGUGGACCACUGAUCUGCAACACCAAACCUCUGGGUCUAACUUCUUUCACCAAAGACAAGGACUGCAAUAAUCCAAAGUUUCCACAUGUUUUCACCAAGAUAAACUUCUAUCUUCCCUGGAUUAAGGAAGUCAUGAAGGAAAAGAGAAAUGAUGAAUAAAGUUUCUUUACAUGAUGGUUAAAUAUAAACCUUGAGGAGGACGUAAAGCCUGAAGAGCCUCUUUAAAUAAAAACUUUUGGCAUCUCUGUGCAGUUCUUGGCUUCUAAAUUUGUCUUUUUAAAGUCUUGUUUUUUUAAAUUAAACAAUGGCAGUGCUGGUCUUCAACUAUAUCAGUACAAAAUUCUUCCUCAGAAUAACUUCGUUAGCACGAUUUAUACUCAGGAACACGAGGAGAAACUACUACAUUUAAAAGAUUAAAAAUGAUAAUUUAGAUUAAAAAAAAAAAAAA